AUGGGUAAACAGGAAGUAAACAAACACACGUGGAACAUGGCGCUUUCAGAGCAGAAGGAGAGGAAACCCGAGGAUACUUUAAGGGAUUUUCGGGCCUCGUUUUUCUCCAUGAACCGAUUGGCUUCGUUUCCCUGGACGUUUCUAGACAGAGAGCUGCAGAGCAACAAGUCAUCAGAGUUCAUCUCAGAGCUGCUGCAGCAGACAUGUCUUCAUCCUCUGUGUGGAAAGUUUCCACCAUCAGUCCGAUUCAGAAGGAUUUUCCUCUCUGAGCUCAUCAAACGGCAGGAGGCUGCAGGCUGCGAUCCUCUGGAUGAGCUGUACGACGCCCUGGCGGAGGUGGUGGGGGUGGAGGAAACGCCGCACUGCCACAAGACCUACUUCCUGCCCACCGGAGACGCCAUCAGCCUUCUGGAAAACGUGGCUGUGAUCUCUGAAGGAACGACGGGCCUGGUGACCUGGGAAGCUGCUCUCUUCCUGGCUGAGUGGGCCCUGCAGAACCCACAGGCGUUCACCGGCAGGUCGGUUCUGGAGCUGGGAAGUGGCGUUGGAUUGACCGGAAUCACUGUGUGCCGCUGCUGCAGCCCGGUCCGGUUCGUCUUCAGCGACUGUCACGCCGUGGUUCUGGAGAAACUCAGAGAAAACAUCCGUCUGAACGGCCUGGGCGGCGGGAAGAGUCCAUCCGUCACGGUGGACCAGCUGGACUGGACGACGGCGCAGGAGGAGCAGAUCCGCCGGAUCCGACCCGACACGGUGAUCGCUGCAGACGUGGUGUAUGAUCCGGAAGUCGCAGGAAGUCUGGCAGAUCUGCUGCUGAAGAUCCUGAAAUGUUCACCGGCAGCAGAGAUCCUGAUCUGCUCCACCAUCAGGAACCCGGAGACGUACGGCGGCUUCAAGCUGCGGCUCGAGGCUGCAGGUCUGGGCCACCAGGUUCUGACCGGACCCGUCGGCGCCGUGUUUCCCUACGACCGGCUGGCUCCAAUAGAACUCAUCAAAGUGUUCAGGUGA